UUUUUUUUGUGUGUGUCUUUGUGUGUCGGUGUGUGAGCAGGUUAUGAAUCGACCGGAUGUUUGGUUGAAGGGGGUGAAAUAGGUAAAGAGAACUCUGGGAGGGCCGUGAGCCUCCAGCUUUUUUCUUUUGUUAGUUGGAAAGAAAUUCGUAAUACCUGAGAAAUUUCUCCAGUAGUGAUCCAACCGGCCACCUAGACGGACGCAACAAACUACACACCCAGACCGGAUGUCAGGGAUAACAAAAGUGCCAGCGAUGCUGUUGCAGCAACAACAGCUAAGUGGUCAUCAUUGUCUGUUAUAGCGGGUGAUGUUUUGGUGAAAAACAAUUCCGAUCGACAUCGAUGGAGACAUUCAAAACAGGAAACGUUUUCAAAAAGGAACACAGAACAAUAAGUUGAAACUUUAAAAAAAAAAAUUUGCGUAUCAAAAGUGUUGCAUAGACCAGCGUCAUGUGGAAUAAUUCGGUGCUGAUGGAUGGGGUCAAGUGGUCGUUUGACCGGUCGUCUCCCCCGUUGACGGAUGGCACUCAUCCAGAUUUCAGCCUAGAAGAAACCCAAUUCCGUAGUUGGCAUUUCGAAGCACACCAACAAACCAAUUACUCCGACUGGACAAACAGGCUUCACCCCGGCGAAGAGGACGAGGAUGCCGAAGACUUGUUCGUCCGUCACGAUCCGGCCGAUUGCAGCCGAAGAAAUUACCCGUCAGCCGCCGAACUGUUUCGCAAUUUCGUCGGUGAUGAAGGUGCGGACCGUAUGGAGUUCUACAUCAACCACCUGACGAUGGAAGGCUGCGAUGCCAACAAUAUAUCCGCGGCUUUAAUGGCCGACGCCGAAACGACCGCCGUGGAAGAAUCCGCCCCCGAUGUUGCCUAUCGACCGCCAUUUCCUCUGCUGGACACGAUCGUCGAAGAGACGCUGGAAGAAUUGCUAUUGGACAUGUCCGAUUCGUCACCGUCGCCGCCGUUAGCCGCCGAUGAAAGCUCCGAGAGUCCCAGUUCCAAUUCGGGCCGGUGGGGCUGGGGCUGGGGUUGGCUCAACACCAGCGACGAUGAUUCAUCCAGCGUGAUACACGUUCCGGUUGGCGAUGCAGGAUCCUCAGCCGCAAUCACAUCUGGAUCGCUUGUACGCCAUUCCGAGCUGACUGAUGUCAAUUCAGGAAUUUAUCGGGCAGACGGGCUUGACGAUGAUUUUGAUUUGGGUAAUGACGAUGACGAUUUCGAGGAAAACGACGGCGAAGGCAGCGAGCGUGAUCAAGAGGUACCCAAAAAGAAGCGUCGCAUCAGCUGCGCAAUGGACGAAGACGACAGAGAAUCAGCCCCGUCACGUAGCCCCUCCGUGACCGAUAGCUUAAUUCAAUUUGAGGCGCUCGAGAAAGAACUGGACAGUACGGAGGAGUCGUUUGCCGAAGAAUCGACGGCCGUCGUUUUCCGUACAAGCGCCACGACGUUGCCUUUCGAAGACGCCGAUGACGGCAUCAUGUCUCCUGAACUGGACCCGGAAGUUUUCCUCGAUUGCCACGAGCAUUUAGAAAGUCCUGCGAGCGCUACGCAAAACGGGAGGACUCGGCAGGUUGCGACACCUAGCGCCAAUUUCUUCAACUUUUUGGAUGAUUUCCAAGAUCCGUCCAUCAGCCAGGAAUUUUACACCACGUGCGGCUGGUUCUCUCCGCCAGCGCGUUCCUGGUCUUCGAUGCCGUCGUUGCAUUGGAAUGCAGAAGAAAAAACGGAGAUGAGGAGCAGCAGGAGUGCGUGCGACGUUUCAAAGUGCGAUAGCGUCACGGGAAUAGGCGCUUCCGGCUGUGUUGAACAGACGUACGAAGGGCGAAGAGCGGCUCUCAGACCCACACAUCCGUGGGGUAUCACCUUUGAUCCAUCGCAAGAGAUUGAUGAAGAAGGGGCGGUGGAAGACGAGGACGACGAUCAGGUUAAUGAUAAUGAUGAUGAUCAUUGGGAGCCGGAUGGAUUCCUCAACUCCGACAUUGAGGAAUACGACACGGGAAGUAAUUCCGACGAUGACGAGUACAGCACGGAACGCUGCGACCGUUUCGACGAAUUCGGACUGGGAUUCAUCUCGGGCAGGUCCCAGAGAAUGCGUUCCUUCCGCAGUUACGGCGACAGUCUCAACCUGCUGGACACGGCCGACGACCCGGUGACUCAUUCGACGAGCAGCAGCAGCAGCAGCAGCAGCAGUUCCAGUUGCAGUCCGGAUCGAUCCAGUCCGGAGGAAGACCUUCGUCAUCCGUCGUCUUCUCGAUCAAGACAUUCGGUGGAGGCGCUGAGCGAGGACAGCGGUUACGGUGACGCUUCCGGAUCUCUCCCCCUGAUGCAACAGCAGCAAAGCAAGCCUGACAAUAACAAACGUGCAAUCGCGAGCAUCGAGGAAGUACGGAUGGCCGACGCGUCAACACCCCCCGCCAAGUGCUUGCACGCGCUCGAAUUACCCAACAGCCUUAGCCUAACCAUCUGCCUUCCAGAUGGAUCACCCCCUAGUUGCAGCCACGACGAUUGUCAAUGGCCUCCGGAAGUAGAAAGAGCAACAAGGGAGAAAGAGGACGACGCAUACGGCGAAGGUUGGGACGAAGAAGAAGAAGAGAAAGCGGAUGAAUGGCGCGGGCAGAGCGAGGUGAAGGAUAAGACAACGAUGGCACUUUCGGCGUUGCUGUUGCGCCGCCAGCCGCGCUGCCGACCUACUCCGCUCACGUUGAAAGAAGCGGAAGAGUUUCUAAUUGACGACGGGUCACCGGAAGUCGUAAAUGAUGGCGAAUCCAGGUGUGGCGUGUCAGGGAUUUGCAUAGACCUUGAAUCGAAGAUGAGCCACACCUCUAACGGCAACGUCGCCGCCACCGCCGCCGCCACCACCACCAAUGACGACAUCCUGCAUCGCCCUGGAACCGAUUUAGAAGCGUCUAAAUUUAACCCCCAAAUUGGAAGCAGCGGAUGGGAGGUUCCAGACGGAAUGGGGGAGGCAGUAAAGGCUGCAGCGCAUCACCAGCAUUCACAGGCAGCGGACGAGGAGGAGGAGAAGGAGCAACAGCAACACAGCCUCCACUCGGCUGACGGAUCGGAUUUCAUACGGCCGCCAGACGCCUCUAAACACCAAAACUGUUCAGACCUUGGCCACAAUGUGACGUGCCCACAAUCGAUCCCCUCCGCCAUGGAUUCGGCAUUUUAUCCAGCUCCAGUUGUCUUGAAACGAUACGGACCUCGUCAGGAAGUCGAAGUGUACAUCAGUCAGCAACAGUUACCCGUCGGAGCGGAAGCCGCAGAUCCUGCAGUGUCCACACCGACGGCCAACGUCUCGUCCACGUCCAUUCGCGGAGUCCACUUCUCGCCCGUCGUUUCGGCCGUCAAUUGGCGAGAGAGUUACCUGAACCAGAGUGAAGAUGAUUGCGACGAUAACACCUCUAACGGUUCUAGCGCGGCCGAGGCUAACCGAAUUCCGGAGGACGAAGAGAAGGAGAACAAUUGCGAUGCGCCGGAAUCGGCUGUGAAAGUUGGACAGAGCGAACAAUCGCCAUCUAUGGUCGAAAAAGUGAAACUAGUGCCUGACUCGCCAAUAGAUGGCGUUGCGGCUGUCGAGCCGAUCGCAUGCGGAAUACAAGAUUCCGGCCGGAACGGUAGCAGCAACAGUUGCACGACGACAAGCAAUAGUGCCACAACUGCUACCACUCCUACUACUACCACCAGUCAUACUGGGACGACAACAACAACAACAUCGUCGAAUAGUAAGAAGCCUCCCCUAUUCCAACGUUUCUCCUUGUCGCGGCUGAGUGCGCGCAUGUCGGCCACGUUCAGCCGUUCCGAAUCGAAACGGGAAUCGGGCAAGAAAGCAAUCGUAUCAGAUGGUGCGAUUCCCACCGAAUCGAAGGAUGCGCCGACAGAAACAACAGCGCCCGUCGCCAAGGGCAAUGGCAAGAAGAACAAGAACAAACAACAAACGGACGCCAGUGCCGAAGUCAAGCCAACUUCCAAGAAAAUUGAUGACUUCAAAGUUGUCAAAGAGCCAAAGAAGAGAUUCUUCAGUCGACCGUUCCAGCGCUCUUCGUCCACUCCGCCGAUGAGCUCAUCGGGCACACCGGAAACCGGCGUUCAAACGCGCGCCACCUUGACGCCGGUGAGCCCAUCAGCGGCGGUGGCCUCCGGCAAAGAGAGCAGCAGCAGCGAUGCCACUUUGGCAUCCAACGUUUCGUGUCGUCCGACUGAAAAAUCGCAAUCGCAUCAGGAGUCGGUUGCUAAGCAACCGAUCACAACAUCAUCCAACGACGAGAAUACACCCCCCAAAAGCGAAUCGAUAGGUGCCGCCAUUGAGGCUAGUCGUACGUCAGUCGUCACCUCGAUUAGUCCUUCGGCCUGUGCUGGAAGUGGGCCGCCAAUUCCUUCGCCACGCAAUAAAGUUCACGCCAAACCGCCCCUGCCGCCCCAGACGAAGCCUCGAACGAUUCACGCCCGCAAAAAUUACCUGGUGCCAGUGGAGCCAGCGCCGCCCGUUCCGAUGGUGUCGUCGGCCGGUCUGCAGCACGCGCUGCAGCAUUUCAAAGAAACGGCGCGAAUGGAGCGAGAACGACUAGCCAAUUCGGUGCCGGAUCUGGCUGCACCACCGACGCCGACGCCGAGACCCACAUCCGAUUGUAUUGAUCCGCGAGGAAAUGAGAUGAUGGCGUCGUCAGCGCCGGCGCCCUCACGACCUACGACGACGGCCACGACAGUUUAUCCUGGCAGUCGUGAACGAGCUCGUCAGGCUGUCUUGAGUCGUGCGUCGUCCGUCGAGACCGCUUGGAAUGCCACGGCAUCGCGGGCGGUUUUGAAUCUAUCACGCCGAAAUAUUGCCUGCAGCACUCAAGAGUUUGUUGGUGCUGGUGGCAUCAGUACUCAAGGUCAUGGUCCGACCAAAUCCCGUCCAGUCGUGCCCGGACUCUUGGAGACUAACCUGGACUCUGUUGUGCCAUCAUCCUCAUCAUCGCAGCAACAGCGCCAUCCGCAGUCGUACAGCAACCGCAACGGCAGCCCGUCCGAUGAAACGAAUCUGGACGAGCUGAUUCAAAACUUGCAACUCUUUUGCAACAGCAAACGUGUCGUGGAAUAUUCACCGCAGCCGCUGUCGGUCGACUCUGGCAGCGCCACCGCCACCACAACUGAUAAGAGAUUUAAGAGCAUGCUCAAUUUGGGAUCGUCCAGUGCCCCGGUCAGUGUCCAGCCGGAUAUCGACAUGAUGACCGACCCAACUUCGUCUUCCGUGCGUGUGCCCGACACUAACCGGGCGAAAUCUAUGGAAUUUUUACUCGAUGAGGACAACAAAUCGGCCGUACAAGUCCCUGAGAAUCAGCUGAAAAAGUGCGGCGAGAGGAAAAUGUCGGAACACGAACUGCGCAUCCAGCGCUCGCUGCAGAAGCUCAACGUGCCUGAAUGGUAUAAAAACAAUGCCCGUUCGGGGAGCAGCGGAGACGCGACAUCUGGUGCCGCUCUUAAUAGCGCCACCAACAACAAUGGUACGGACGGAUCGAACAGCGGGACCACAACUGGGGUCCUCCGUCGUCGGGAUUAUCACGGCGGAAGCGUCUGCUUGCGCAAUGGUGGAUGGACCGGCUUGAGCAGUGCCAAUCGCGAGGCUGGAACGGCUUCGUCCAUGACCAGUUUAGGUUCAGCGCUGAGCCGGUCAGGGACGCCUACGCGCGUAGUCAUUCCCACGCGAGUGCGUCCGGAUUGGCGGAGUAUCAAAUCGUCGCGUGAGUCACUGACCAGCCCAGCGGAGACGUGCCAUGCCACCAGCUGGAAUGGGCCGGCGUCGCUCAGUUCGAACCAGCAAUCGUUCUCCAGAUGGGGAAGCGGACGAUCGAGUUACAGUACCUGCCCUUCUCCAGCGCCGAGCGCGUCCUCAUCCGCCUCGUCCUACCGGACAUCGUUGCUGAAUCAGCACGGCCGGGCGCCCUACUUGGGCUGGCGAUCGCAAGAGAGGCUCAAUGCCAGUCCAGCACCGCUAUCGCUCUACCAGUCGCCGGCCCAAAGACUUGCCUCCAGCCUUUUGACAAAGACGAGCUGUAACGAUGUCAGCGACGCUGGCGAAAAUCGUGUGGAAGUCGAACCCACCGCAGAGGGCGAGCAGCGCCAACAGCACGAAACCGAUGAAGUGGUUCGGUCCAGCAUCCGCCAAGUGACUUCAGCCAUCGUCCAUUACGUCAGCGAGAGCAGUGAUGGAGAUCAGCCACCUUCUCCGGCAAGUCGCAACGGAUUGUCACGCAGUCCCGAAAGGCAUCCGCUGGAAGCCCUCUCCAGAUCUCCCUCACCUCGUCGACAACGCUGUCUUUGGGUGGAGAGUUCGUUUGUCGGCGGAGGAGCCAGCCCGACCAGCCAUCAGCGACCGGUUGACCCGGCACCGGCCGUUUCGCCCCUCCGUCCUGAAUCGCCACCGUCUUCUUCUUCGGGAUCGAGCCAUCAUUUGCAUCGUCAUCGAUCGACGGGCACUACGGCCAACAAUGGACGGCCAGGGCUGAGUGAUAGAACCGUCGCCGGGCCGCUGUCGGCCGCGGAAAGAGAUGACGGCGGUACGUCGCCACAGCUGGGCAUCUCACCGCCCGUCUCGGCCACCCUGGACGAUGUCCUAAAUUCAUUGCUGGGCCUAACGCCUCCACAGAGGCACGGGCUGCUGAGACGGCCCGUCUCGCAGCCGACCAUUCACAACAAACAAGCUCAUCAUCAACAACAACAAGAUGGACAGCAGCACGGCCAGCAGCAGCCAUAUCAGAGUCAACAUCAACAGCAGAUGCGGGGAAACAACAACAAUAACAGUAUGGCUAUCCAUGAAGCCGCAUCCCGGAGCUUCAACGAUCUCCGUUCAUCCACCACCUCGACAUCCAUCAAAUAAAAAAACAAAAACAUAACAAAAAUCUUAAACAAAUCACAUAGAAAACACGACGAUGAUGACAAUGUAGUGAUGAAGAAACAUACGCCAUUUCCUCCCCCGCCCUCCGCCCUAAAUUUAAUUAACCAAAGUUACGAAUUAUUUCCGUUCCAAGGGGCGCGCACACUCACAAUCAGGACGUUCUCAUCGUCGCUAGUUGCUCGUGAGGCUAUAGCCGGCAAGAGAGAGUGUGUUGCCCGGGAGACAUAUUGCUAUUGUAAAAAGAAAAAAAGGGCCAGCAAUAUAUCAACGGAACUAUUUGUCUAUUGUAAAACAUACUGAAACGAGCGUGACGUACACAACAUUGUAUUCAAUUUACAAUUUCAGGAAGAACGCCAGUAGUUCGAAAGUGUGAUUAGAGAUUAGAAACCAGACCGACUAUGACAAUGACGAAUAAUAAUCGAGGGCGUAUAGGCAGUUAGUUGAGUGAUGCGCGAACGGGAUCCGUUUUCACUUGUUACUAAAGCUGUUCACGUUGUUCUGCUUUGUUGAAAUUUUUCUAAUGAAUUCUAUCCACGUUUCUGCGCAGUUCUUUAACCUUUCAUCUCAUAUGAUUCAAGUUUUAACAAUUAUUGUACAUUUUAGACAUUCUUUAAACCAUUGUUGUUGUUCUGCCUCGCUCUGAGAUGUAAAGAAUGAUUCUCUUACUGAAAUGUACCAAAAAUCAAUCGAAAUGCGGUUACGUCAUCAUUGUAAUGAUAACAUUUUCUUCUUUUUACUACUGUUGGUCUAUUUUCAGUUGGGAUUACACAAAAGAUUUGGGAAGUGGUUUACAGAAUUUGGAAAAGUCUAUUGGCUUCCGAUAGUUCGUUUGCAAAUAAGGUCCCUGGAAGGCUGGAAUCCCCUGUUACUCUCAAUAAUCCAAUUUUUGUUUCAAAUGUUUACUAUUUGAAAGUUAUCAUUGUCGUAGCCAUCUAGCGGCUUCUUGGUGUACGAAUUUUCACUUUACGCAUGGCGUUACAUUUUGAACAAGAUAUAACGAAAACGAACUAACUGUGUUAAUAAACUUAACGAUAUUUUCA